AUGGACGCCGGCCCGGCCCCCAGCACGGUCACUGGAGGGAGGAGCUGCUCAGGGUGACCAAGUGUCCCAGGCAUAUGACUCGGUUAAGACAGGCACUGGGCUGCACAACAGAGGUGCCAUGCGAAUGCGGCUACCAUGAGGCGACGAUCCAGAAGCGGUCGCUAGCGAGGCCUUCCGCUAGCGAGGAGGACCGCAGUCGUCCGGGGAGCCGACCCAGCGACGCUCGCUCAGAGGACGUCGAGGACGCCUCUUAUGAGUGUGCCGGCGGCGGCGACGAGGCCACCCCGCUCGGUUCUGCAAAGCUGGAGGAAAAAUCGCAGCUGUCGGCUGAAGCUGACCAGCACCAUGAAUUGCGGCAAGUUGAUGUUGCGAUACACUCGCCUAGUGUCAAGACUGAGCCCAUGCCUGCCGAAGACGUCACAAGGCAGUACGCGGACCAUGUCCCUCAGGGAGAGACGCUUCCAUCGGAGAGACGCGACCCGGAACCGGUCCGAGCUGCGGAAUAUCCCCCCGCAUAUACCUCCGUCGUCCUGCUUCUCCUGCCUCCAGACGCCAUGGCACCGUACCGCUGCCAGGUCUGCGGGGAUUCGUUCUCCUCUCAGGCUUCACUCAGUGCCCACGGCCGCUCUCAUACCCAAGCGCGCCGUCUGCCCGUAUGCGACGUCUGUGGGAAGGUAUUUGUCGACAGCGCGAGCGCCUCGCAUCACCGCCUGUGGCAUGCGAGGCAAAUCAGGCCGCGUGAUCGCUACAUGUGCGAUUAUUGCGGCAAGUUGUACGCCUCCUGGGCGUCCCUCAGCGGUCACUACAGCAGGAUGCAUGCGACUGGUAACGCCCGGAGGCUGAUCAUGCCGAAGAAGUACAGAUGUGAGAACUGCGGGCGGCGUUUUCGUACCGGGGACGACCUCGCCAGGCACCGUCGGUUCGAAGCAGGAGUGCUGUACGGGUGUGAGAUAUGCGGCAAGUCCUGUUCCGACGAGCUCGGCCUCGAUCGCCACCGGCGCACCCACACCACCUGCGCUCCGUUUCCGUGCAGCGUGUGCAAGAAGCUGUUCGGUACUGUCGCGGACCUCUCGCAGCACUACCGCCAACAUCCCGGCCCCAAGUCAAUCGUGUGUGAGGUGUGCGGGGAGGCCUUCCUGGAGAAGUCACAUCGCACAGAACACUAUCGGAUCCACAUCGAGGACAGGCCGUUUAAGUGUGAUGUGUGCGGGAAGGAGUUCCGGCUGAGGAAGCAGCGGACUCGACACAUGGGCUCGCAUGACGAGACAGCCUCGUGCUAGCACGGCACCGGGGAUUCCACGUCAGUGGGUAGUGACGCAGCAGCCUCGUGCUAACACGGCAGCGUGAAUUCCACGUCAGUGGAGUGAUGACGCAGCAGCUUCGUGCUAACACGGCAGCGGGGAUUCCGCGUCAGUGGAGUGAUGACGCAGCAGCUUCGUGCUAACACGGCAGCGGGGAUUCCACGUCAGUGGAGUGAUGACGCAGCAGCCUCGCACUAACACGGCAGCGGGGAUUCCACGUCAGUGGAGUGGCGACGCAACAGCCUCGUGCUACCACGGCAGCGUGGAUUCCGCGUCAGUGGAGUGGAUCAAGCCGGUGCUUUGCUUACCGGACGUCGCGUUGGCCCUUCCCAUUGAGGGACGCAGUAUGUUGUCUUUCAUUUUAGAGUAAGCUGAUUACCGACGGUUGUUUCUGUGCUACACGCCCCGCCCAGCAAAUCUGCGUCAACUAACCUAGAUAGAACUCCUGGUUAUGAGUUCGUACUCGGUGCUCAAGCGAAGGCGUGAUGUUUACGUUCUUCCACAGUUAUGCUUUUUGCUGUGCAUUUCGACAUUUUCAACAUUUCACUGUAUAGCACAAAGGGACCGAAUGGUAAUUUAGUGUUUGCACUGUGCAAUGUAUGUGAUAUUACGUAUAUAUUGAUGUCAAAGUAGCUUUGUUGUUAAUCUUCCCGCCUGCUAUUUUUGUGACUUCCGUCGUA